AUGACUUGUAGGAUUAUUUUCCUACAACUGCCAUUCAAAGAGAUAUUUUUCAGAAGUAAUUUGUAUGCAACCGUAUUGAGAGCUGGUGGUAUUACAACUAAUGCAUACCAGAAGAGAGGUUCGUGUUGCAAAAGCUCACCAAUGACGCUUGAAAAAAACCAAUCAAAGGAAAAGAAGAGGAAGAAUCAGAGAAGACAACAGUCUAUCGACCAAAGACUAGAGAUGAAAAAUCUUGAAAGUGGUUCAUCUAGUACAAACAAGGGAGAAUACAUUGUUAUCUCUGAGAACAAAUCUUUAAAUACAUACGAGAAACAAGGAGAGAACUACAUGUAUGUACUCGAUUCCACAAUAACGCAAUAUGACAAAGACUUGCGCAACCGGAAAUUACCAGAAAUCAAAAGAUGUAGUGGUGCAGAGGAUGAUGAGAAUGUUUACUACGAAAUUGAUGAAGAUACAAUCAAAUCUUCGACAGAUAUGGAGGGAGUUUACCAGGAUAAAAUCAAAAAUGUCACAGAUAAAUGUUCUUCCCAUCGUGACCAGACAGGAUAUGAAAUCCCAUUAGGAUCAAUGAAAAAGAAAAGGGAAAAACUGACAACACAAAAACUGUUUGCGAACGAAUCUUUAAAUACUGACGAGGUACAUGGCGAGUAUUUUGUUCUCGAUCCCUCCAUUACAAAAAAUGACAAAGACUUGAUCAGCCUGGUCUUACCAGAGACCAAAAGGUUCAGUGUUCCACAGGGUGACAAGAGAGUGUAUAAUGAAAUUGAUGAAGAUAUGGAGGGCGUUUGCCAGAAGGAAAUAGAAGAGUUUAAGGAUAAAUGUCGUUACAAUGGUGAACAAAACAUAUAUGAAACCCCAAGAUCACCGAAAAAUAAGAGAGACCUACUAAUAAGACUACAGUCUGAUGACCAAGUAAUGGAGAUUGCUCAUCUUGAAAAUAGUCCAUCCAGGGUAAACAAGGGAGACAACGUUAGCAUGUAUGCGAACGAAUCUUUCAAUACUGACGAGGAGCAAGGCGAAUACUUUGUUCUCGAUCCCUGUGUUACGAAAUAUGAAAAAGAAUUGAACAGCCGGAUCUUACCAGAAGUUAAAAGGUUCAGUGUUGCACAAGGUGAUAAGAACGUUUGCAAUGAAAUUGAUGAAGUUGGAAUCGAAUCCUCGCCAGUUAUUAAAAGGUAGAUCAGCAGGAGAAAAAUUAAGAUGUUAAAGAUAUAGUCAUUUAUCGUACGGAUCAUUUCAACCAUGGUACCCACUUAGGGUUUGACAAUACCACUUACCAUAUAGCAUCUGAGAUAGACGAUAAAAGCUUCUAGGAAAAAGAGUACUGGCACAAUUGUAUAUAAAUGUUUUUAUGUAUCCUAAACAUUGUUUAGUUUACCAUUUUGUCUAUGUUAAGUCUGAAAUUAUUUGACAUUGUUUGAUAUAAUUAAAACCAAAAAGCCGUUCACAAUAGAUUUGUUUAUGAAGGAAAAUAUUUUUAAAGCCGAUUUGUUUGUCAAAAUUAGUGUAAUCAUUUUUCUAUUCUUGAUUUAAGACCUGAAAGUUAUGCUUACUAAAGCCUGCACCCAGUCCAUAAUAUGACAGUUGUUUUUCCAUUCGUUUGAUGUGUUUGAGAUUUUAAUUUAAAAUUUGUAAUUUUCAAGGGACUUUCUGUUUUGAAUUUUUCUUUGAAAUUUAAUAUUUGUUUGAAAGAAAAAAAUAUACGGAUUUUACUCAAAGACAUGUUCCGCCUAUAAAAAGCCAAUCAGAAUAUUUAUUUCAGUAUAGUUAUGAAUAAAACGAAUAAAGACAACACUACUUUGGAGCAUUGACCUGUAAUUCAAAUAAGAUUUCUCGAUUUACCAUAACAAAUAAUGAAUUUUUACAUGUCAUUAUCCAUUUGUCAUUUUUCCAUUUCGAGGCUUCAAAAACAAACUGGAACUGGAUACAGAUCAAGAAAAAAAAAAGUCGAUAUAUAAAAUACCAUGUAACAAUCUGUUAUCACAUGUUUAGCAUAAAAAGAAACUGGAGAGGGAAAAGAGAAGAAGA